AUGAAGCGGAAGGCUACAACCACCGAUGGACCACGUAAGUUUCCAAAUUACGCGACCAUCCUUGAUGAGAGUGACUUAACUGUUGCUCUCAUCAAGGAAGCUCUUGAACUGAUUCCACUGCUCGAUGACGUAAAUGUAAGACGCUCUUUUGUUGAUCGAUGGAUUGUAGAAUGUUCACAACAUGAAAACUUGUUGUCCAGCAUUUUAAAAUCGAUGUAUUUUACACAUCAAAAGCAGAGAUGUGUGAGCAUUCUACAAUCCAUCAUUAGGUUUCGCGCGUUAUUCGAGUCUCACAUUGUAGAUGGCGCUGGAAUCGGUGACCCAGAUAUUAAGAAUCGUGUGCGCUGGGAAGAGUGUGAGAGUGCAUUUGCGUGUAGAUUGUACACCAAUGCAGUCCUAAACUUAGUACAUAUCGAUAUUAGCGCAUUCUUGAACGAUGCGUCCACGCUUUUUCAAGAUCACAUAAAAGGGGCCUUAAAUAAGAAUGGACCCAUUUUGGUGUAUGGUGUUCUCAUCGCACAUUUUAAAAGGGUUGAGAAUGGUGAGGAGAUUGUUAAGCCUAUUCCUUUCGGAUGCAAGGCUAACAGCAUCUUCAUCACAACCCUCUUAGAUGAUUGGUUCGAUGAGAACAUUAAGCAGCCAAUCUUGCGCAGCGUAGAAGAAUUUCACGCAAAGGGUUCAAAUUGGAAUCUCCAAUCAAUUAUAAGACUUGAAAUGAAUGUAAACAAGUAUAACCCUUUGCGUGCAAGCUCAUAUAUUGAUCUACCACCCCAAAUUAAAAGAAAAAAAGCUUGUAUUAACGUGAAAAAUGAAGAUAAUAAAUGUUUUAAGUGGGCCGUUCUCUCAGCCUUACAUUCAAAUGUAGUAAGAAGUGAUCGAGUUUCCAGUUAUGAAGAAUUUAAUGAUGACUUGAAUUUUGAAGGCAUAGAUUUUCCAGUAUCACUAAAAAAUGUCCCGAAAUUUGAAAAGUUGAAUGACAUUUCAAUUAAUGUCUAUGGACUUUCAAAGUUUUACGGUGAUUUUUCAGUACAUCCUCUUCACCUCACUGCGGAGAAAAGAGAUAAACAUGUAAAUCUCUUAUACGUUGCGGAUAUGUAUGCGGAUGAGAGUGUUGAAGAGAAUAUAAUAUGUGAUGGCGGUGAUUUUUUGAAUUUCCAUUAUGUAUGGAUAAAAGACUUAUCACGCCUUGUGUCGAAACAAUUGUCUGCUAAAAAUGGUAAAAAACAUAUAUGUGACAGAUGCUUACAUUAUUUUUCUUCUAUAGAUAGACUGAAUGAACAUCUCGAAAAUUGUAAAAAAAUGAAUGAGUGUAAAAUUAAAUUACCAAAGCCCGAUAAGUGUACAAUCACGUUUAAAAAUUAUAAAAAUAAGGAAAAAGUUCCUUUUGUGAUAUACGCCGACUGUGAAAGUUUACUUCUUCCCGCCGAUGAAGAUGUAGACAAUUUAAGUAAGACUGAAGUGUUCCAGCGACAUAAAUUGUUAAGCAUCGGCUAUUAUAUAAAAUGUAGUUACGAUGAAUCAUUAUGUAAAUAUGUACCUUGUCCGAAGCAUGAAUCCGACCCAGCUAAAUGGUUCACUGAGGAAUUAAGGCAAUUAUCUGAAAAAAUUGAUAAUGUCUUUAAAAAUCCAAUACCAAUGACUGCCUUAACUCCUCAGGAAAUCAAUGAUUUCAAGCGAGAAACCACUUGUCAUAUUUGUCAUCAGAAAAUACCUGCAAGCGAAAAGAAAGUCCGCGAUCAUUGUCACCUUACUGGCAAAUAUAGGGGUGCUGCCCAUGAAUCAUGUAAUCUAAAUUAUCAAGAUUGUCAAACGAUCCCUGUAGUUUUCCAUAACCUAAGUGGCUAUGACGCCCAUUUUAUAAUUCACGCGAUUUCUACGAGCUUUGAAGGGAAAAUUAACCUCCUCCCCAUUAACAAGGAGAAGUAUAUCUCCUUCACCAAACAUGUUAAGGGGAGUGAGGUCAAAUUUCGAUUCAUCGACUCAUUGCGAUUCAUGGCAGCAUCCCUAGAAAAACUCGCAUCGUAUUUAGACGAGUAUAAAAUUGUCAACCUCGUUUUUUCCAGUACGGUGACAGAUCCGGAUAAAAUAAAACUGUUGACGCGAAAGGGAGUAUUUCCAUAUGAGUAUUUCGACUCCAAAAGUAAGUUAGAUGAGACUGAAUUACCCCCGAUAGAGAAAUUUUACAGUACUCUUUACGAUGCUAGUAUUUCUGAUGAAGAGUAUAAGCAUGCACAGAAUGUAUGGUCUGAGUUUGAUUGUCAAAAUCUCAAUGACUAUGUUCAUUUAUACAUGAAAACUGAUGUAUUAUUGCUUGCAGAUGUUUUUGAGAAUUUCCGAGAACAAUGUAUUAAAGCGUACGGAUUAGAUCCAGCACACUAUUAUACAACCCCUGGUUUAACUUGGGAUGCUAUGCUCAAGUACACGAGUAUAGGAUUACAACUUAUAACCGAUAUUGAUAUGAUUAUGUUUGUUGAGUCGGGUAUCAGAGGUGGCAUUAGUCAAUGUUGCAACCGCUAUGCGAAAGCGAAUAAUCCGUAUAUGGAAAAGUUUGAUAAAGCCGAAGAUACAAGUUAUAUAAUGUACUUCGAUGCCAAUAAUUUGUAUGGUUGGGCAAUGGCACAAUCGCUCCCUUAUGGCGGCUUUAAAUGGGUUGAAAAUGUCGAUGAUGCUUUUAAUUUUAAUUUACCUGACGAUUCCCCUAUUGGGUACAUUCUAGAAGUCGAUUUGGAGUAUCCGAAAGAAAUUCAUGAUACUCACAAAGACAUGCCGUUCUGUGCUGAAAAUAUGAAACCUCCAUUAUCAAAGCAGGAGAAAUUAUUAACAACUCUCCUGCCAAAAGAAAAGUAUGUGAUACAUUAUCGAACGCUAAAGCAAGUUCUCUCAAAUGGCAUUAAACUUGUUAAAAUUCACCGCGUGCUACAGUUUAAGCAGUCAACUUGGCUUAAACCGUACAUUGACUACAACACGAUGAUGAGAACCAACGCCAAGAAUGAGUUUGAAAAGAAUUUGUUCAAACUAAUGAACAACGCUGUUUACGGUAAGACGAUGGAAAAUGUCCGUAAACAUGUCGACAUUAAGCUUGUUACACAAUGGUUUGGUCGCUACGGAGCUGAAGCCCUUAUUUCCCGACCCAACUUCCAUAGUCGAGCGAUAUUCGAUGAGAAUCUGGUUGCCAUUGAACUGCGUAAAACCGAAGUACUACUCAACAAACCGAUAUACGUAGGGUUAAGUGUGCUUGAUAUAUCUAAGACGCUAAUCUAUGAUUUUCACUACGGAUAUAUGUUAGAAAAGUACGGUGAAAAUUGUAAACUGAUGUAUACCGAUACAGACAGUCUAAUCUAUGAAAUCAAAUGCAAAGAUGUCUACAAUGACAUGAAAAAUGAUAUCCAAAAGUUUGAUACGUCAGAUUAUCCCGCAAGCAACGUGUACGGCAUUCCGCAAGCCAACAAAAAGAUCCUCGGCCUCAUGAAAGAUGAGUGCAACGGUAGAAUUCUAACUGAAUUUGUUGGCUUGCGGAGUAAGCUGUACAGUGUACGCGUCGAAGAUAAAGAUUUUAUUAAAAAAGCCAAAGGUAUUAAAGCCGGCGUUGUUAAAAAGACCAUUCAAUUUGAUGAUUAUGUAAAAUGUCUACGAGAUUUUGACAUUCAAACUCGCACGCAGUAUAAUAUAAGAUCGCGGCUACACAAUGUUGAAACUGUUAAACAGUUGAAAGUAGCCUUAUCUCCACAAGACGAUAAACGGUAUUUGUUACCGGGGAGUACCGAUACUCUACCGUGGGGUCACUAUGCGAUCCCAAAUCUCGACGAUUUGUAA